AUACACAACACAGCAGAGUAAGGGCGUCUUUGCGUGAUUAACGUUACAGUAAUUACAGAAAGGGUUUUUGGACGCAAAGAUGCGUUCUGUGUAAGUGACCAAAUUUUUUUGACAUGGAAAAAAAAAGAGAAUAAUCGCACUGGCUAUGGCCUCCUCCACCAUGUUACUGUCAAAUAAAUCAGUUGCCAUAGAAUUUAAUGCUCUACCCUGUAUCAUGUAAGAUCUGUUAUGUGUAUCCCCAUUUUGUUGUUUGGUUGGUUGUUUGUUUUUUAUGUAUGUUUUUCUGAAAGUUGAAUAAAAUAUAUAUAAAAUAAAAAUAAAUCAGUUGCCAUGCCAACUUGCUACUGUAAACAAAAGCUCGCAACGCUUGCCCCGCCUCCGAGUUCUUCUGAUUGGUCCACUGGCGCUGCGUGUAAAAGUUGUAUUCUUUUAACUUGACAUGGCGUCUUGCUCAUGCUUUUUUUCAGUCUUGUUUUCAUUAUCAAGUAUUGAAAUUAACAAACGACAUUCUGUAAAUUUGUGUUAAUGUACAUGGAGAAACGCUAUAAUAAAUCUGGAAACACAGAGAGCUGUGUUUGGUGUCCCCCUGAUCGGCCUGAGGAGGAGUGGACAGAUGAGGCAGGGUCUUCCUCUAGCGCUCAUGCACAUAGUGGAGUUUGUGGAGAAGCAUGGUCUCAGAGAGAGUGGCCUGUUCAGGGUUGGCGGAAAAGUGAAACGCUGCCAGGAAUUGAGGAAAAGUUGCGAUCAAGGAGGCAUUCCGGAGUUUGACAGUGAGGAUAUUCCUACUCUUGCCUCAUUACUGAAACUUUUCCUCAGGGAAUUACCUGGUGGACUUAUUCCAGAGCCACACAGGACACAACUGCUGAAUGUGUUCAGGGAUUCAAAAGAGGAAGAAAUGAAUCAGGCUUUGAGGACAAUCUUGAACAGUCUUCCUGAGGAACAUUUUAACGUCCUUUGCUGCCUGUUGUUCUUCCUGUCCCGUGUGGCUGCUGAGAGUCAUCUAAAUCUUAUGACAUCCAAGAACUUGUCAAUAGUUUUUGGACCCGUCAUCUUUCACGUACCUCUCAGCCCCACCAUGGUUGAGGAACAGGGGCUGUGUAAUGAUUUGACAGAGCACCUGCUGAACAACCUGAAACAUUUGCUGCCAAACAUGUACCCUCAUGUGUCCACCAGCAACACAGCAGAGGCAGGGGACUGUCACUGGACUGAUGAAGAGUGUGUCCAACAGCUGCCAAUUGCAGAAAUCAGAUCAGGGCUCCCUAAAAUUGGACGACUUGGGCGAUUGAGAAAAAGAUUAAGAAGUUUUGGAAGAAAGUUUUGCUCAUGCUUUGGCAGUAACAAAAUAGAGAAUGGAGAGGUCUCUGCAUGAAUGGAGACCCAGACCAAGGUUAGUAGAAGAUAACUGGUCGAUGAUCCUGACUGCAAGACACUGCAAUCGUUAAGGGUCAUUGGAAGACAAUGAGGCCAGUGAGGGUCACUGCAAGACAUUGGGACCGUCAUCGCAAGACACUGGGGCCAGGGAGGGUCUCCAGAAGACAAUGGGGCCGCCCUGUAAGACACUGGGGCUGCUGAGCCUCAUCUCGAGACACUGGGGCUGGUGACCUUCACCAUAAGACACUAGGGCUGGUGUGGGUCACCGGAAGACAUUGGGGCAGCUGAGGGUCACCAGAAGACACUGGGGUCAGUGAAAGUCACCACACAGCGCUCGGGGCGGUGAGGGUCACCGGAAGACACUGGGGGCGGUAAAGGUCACCACACAGCAAUGGGGCUGUUGACCCUCACCACAAGACACUUGGGCUGGUGACCCUCACCGUGAAACACCAGGACUGGUGAGGUCUCCACAGAGCACUGGGGCCAGUGAAGGUAACCACAAGACACUAGGGCAGGUGAGGGUCAUCACACAGCACUGGGGCUGGUGAAGUUAACUGCAAGACACUAGGGUUGGUGAAGAAAGAUGCUGAUGUUGACUGUGAAGCUCAUUCAAUUAAAGCUUGUCAUUUUCA